UCAGUCUGGAAGUUUUCUGAUUUGAUCGCUCCUACCAGAAAGUUGUGCUAUUGCAGCGUUUGAGAUGAGUGAUACUGAUUUAUUGCGAGGGAAAAAUAUGGCUGAAAUAUAGUGCUGAUAAGUUCUAAGCGAACAGGGAUCCUUCGUAUGGCUUCUUUCCUUGUGCAUCUUCAGGAGUGAUCAUUUUCACUAGAUCUCCUAUUUUUUCUAUAGGAGAUAUCUUAAAAGCAACUUGAUACGAGGACUUCUGUUUAGCUAUUAUAUUUUCUAUUUUAGGAAUAUAGGGGAGGGUCUAAGAGAUAUGUUUUAAAGCUCUUUUAAAAAACUAGAAUUUACAGUUGAAUUUGUUACAGUCAGUUAGUGGUAUUUUUUUUUUCACAACAAAUUAGCAUCACCUGAUUUUAUAGCCAGCAGAAAAGGGCUGCAUCAGCAUCAUCACUCCAGUCGUUUUUUCUUUUAACGGCUCUUCGUCGUAAGUUGGUGUGGUUCCUCUGCCUCUUCUCAUGAGGUGUUUGGUAUGGUUCUUAAUUUUUCAAUCGAAGCUGUUGUUAGAGCCGUUGUUAUGCCAAACAGAUUCUUGGUAUCAGGUUAGAUUUUGAGGCCUUGAGUCUUGGUGGGUGACAUUUUUUUGUCAUACCCUUGCUGGUUGCAAUCUAGCUUUGGACUGUUCAACUAUAGAUGUUUCUUUGGUUGUGCCUUUAGGGUUUUGGCUAGGCUUCGGAUUAGCAAGGAAAUUCUCAGUUCUUCCAAAAAAUUGUGUGGGAUUUGUUGCUGCAAAUUAGCAGAGAGCAGAGCUGCCAACUCGCAACACCCAACCCGAUGCCCUUGGGGAAGUACUACUGCGACUACUGCGACAAGCAGUUCCAGGACACCCCCGCCGCCCGGAGGCGCCACCUCCAGGGCGUCCAGCACCAGCGCGCCCGUGCCCUCUGGUACGACUCCAUCCGCCACCAAGAGCAGCAUGGCGGCGUUUCCUCCCUCCUCCUGCCUGACGGCACCCUCGCCAAGGGCAUCUGUCACCACUUUGUCCGCACGGGAACUUGCAAGUAUGGGGAUUCAUGCAGGUACUUCCAUCCGAAGCCAGAUGGUGUCAAUCCAGCAUUAGCUGCACCAGGGUCUGGACCUGGACCCAUGGUGCAGCAGUCUGAUUUUAUUGGGAACCAACCCAAUUUCGUUGGAUACCAGGGACCAGAUAGAAAUUCUUUCUCAGGGAACAUACUGGGGGGGCACACCGCCUGGGGCAACCUGCCGCCGUCACUGCAACCUCCUCCUGAAGGCGGCUAUCCUCCCCUCCCGUUCAUCGACUGGGGCUGAAGGGGCGUUGUCUCCCUGAAAUUUGUACCUCGAUUGGUGGUGCUAAUCGCGUAUGCUUGGAGCGCAGUAGAAUAACGGGGAUCCCAGUUUACUUCCUUUGAUCGUAAAUAUAUUUCUAUAGAUAUUUACAGUCAAAGUCACACUUUGGAGAUUGUGUUGAUGUUUGAAUGAACUCAUAUUUGUGAUAAGAGGAAACGUCUGAAAAAAAUAUAUACUGUGUA